UUGUCUACGUUUCAGAAAGCCACCUGACGUUGGUUGAAUUGUAGAUAUGUUAUAAUCAAAACCAUAUAUUUUUCUUUAGCUAGAAAAGAACUUAGGCUUUUUAAGUCCUUUUCCCCCUUUAUGCUGUUGUGUUGGCUUGCAACUUUUGGGGAUUAAGGUAUGGAUAGUGCUGCAGGUCAAAUUCUCUAUCCUUUGCACCGUUGCAAAACUGUUCAUCUGGUUAGACAUGCUCAGGGAGUUCAUAAUGUUGCAGGAGAGAAGAACCAUGAUGAAUACAUGUCUUACGAUUAUUUUGAUGCACACCUAACCCCUCUCGGUUGGAACCAGGUUGAUAAUCUGCGAAAACAUGUGAAGGCAACAGGACUUUCGAAAACUGUCGAACUUGUUGUGGUUUCCCCAUUGUUAAGGACCAUGCAAACAGCAGUUGGAGUCUUUGGUGGUGAAGUAUACACUGAUGGGAUUAGUGAACAACCUCUUAUGAUGGAAAAUGUCGGACACAGUGAUCAUCUUGCAGUUUCUAGUCUGAACUGCCCUCCAUUUAUAGCGGUGGAGCUUUGCCGAGAGCAAAUAGGAGUUCAUCCUUGUGAUAAGAGAAGAACCAUCAGCGAGUACCGGAAUAUGUUUCCAGCAAUUGAUUUUUCACUUAUUGAGAAUGAGGAAGACAUUUUGUGGAAACCCGACGUCAGAGAGAAGGUAGAAGCAGUUUCUGCUAGGGGCCUGAAGUUUUUGGAAUGGUUGUGGACACGUAAAGAGAAGGAGAUAGCAAUUGUUACCCACAGCAGUUUUCUGUUUAAUACCCUUCGUGCUUUUGGAAACGAUUGUCAUCCCAACAUAAAGAGUGAAAUACGAAAACACUUUACUAAUUGUGAGCUGCGUUCAAUGGUCAUCAUUGAUAGAGGUAUGAUUGGAUCAAGUGAAUCAACAACUAACUUUCCUGGCAAGAUUCCUCGUGGCCCUGAUGUUCCCAGUGAAGCUGCAGACUAAACAUUCUGGGAUUAGGCGGAACAAACUGGAAUUUUCAUUAGUAUAAUAUGAUUCCUUCUUACUUGCAUUUACUAGCAAGGAUUCAAUUUUUUGUUGACCGGAACAAACUCAAUCAUAUGACGAUUUUCAAAAUUCCUUUUUCCGGGCAUAAAACAUUGGUAAAGUUAGGUGCUAGAUUUGAAGAUGAUAAGCAGGAUGUGAGACAGGAUUUUCCGAUUAUAUCCAAGUAUGUUGUAAAUAUGUAUACUUGCUAUAUUUGCCGGGCUAUGUAGUAGAGUUAAUUAAAUCACUUUUACGAAAAUAAUACUUUGACACGGCUGAAUUAUUUGACACUCAUUUGAUACGGGGUGGGGUGAGGUCUACUUUGUGUUAAUGGCAGUAGGGUUAAUUUUGUCAUUUUGGAGUGAUGGAAUAACUGUAAAUGAAAUUGUGCGUUUUGAAGCAAAGCAGCUACACAAUUUGGGUGAGAUUCUCAUUGCACUAAUUUCACUUUUGCAAAGGCGGGAUCAUUGUUCGUUAAAGGGCAAGGAUGGGUUGAUAGAGAAGGCGAGAUUUUGGGCGGUGCAACUUAAUUGGUGGACGUGAUCGGACGGUGGGCGGUGCUUCUUCUUCCUUUCUUCUUUUCUCUUUAUAAUGCGAGAAUUUGGGCAGUGCUACUUAAUCGAUAGGUGCACAUGAUUGGAAGGUGGUCGGUGCUUCUUCUUCCUUUGUUCUUUUGUCUUCAUUUGUGUAUCUUUUGUUUUCUUUAUGCUUCAUUUUCGGAAACCCUAGACUAAAAUGGGCAAGGUUUGAUAAAGAUGAGGUUGAGCAAUUCUCGCUAGGGUGGGUUGAUAGAGACAUGCUAGGAGAUUUAGGUCUGUCUCACAUUGUAUGCUUCGUCUUCCUUUCUUGUUUUGUCUUCAUUUGGUUGUUUAUCUUUCAUUUUCUUUUUGCUGGAUUUUGGAAAACCCUAGGCUAAAGGGGGCAAGGUUUUAUAGGGAACGCGAGAAGGAAUUGAAGCUGCCUGGAAAAGAGCAUAUAAAGAUGCUCCUGAAGGUUUAGUGCUAGAAAUAAAUAAGUGUGUCAAGUGUAGGGUGUAGUGAAUGAAGUGAAUGAAAUAAGUAGGGUGAUGGUUGAAGAAUAAUUGUUUAUAUAUCAUUUUAAUGUCUUUAGCUGAUGUAGUCAAUAAAAUUUAUGA